AAAAAAACUGCGCUGACGUCCAUUCUGUUCGGGAGUAUUAUGGUCUGUCGGGAAUUCAGAGUGGCUGGGACUGGGGAAAAAUAUCUGCUCUGCUAACGUUAGCGUCCGCCGAGCUAACGGUAGAUAGCACUGGUGUAAACAUGGAGCUGUCCGCCGUCGGGGAGAGGGUGUUCGCCGCCGAGUCUAUCAUCAAACGGAGGAUAAGGAAGGGUCGGAUUGAAUACCUUGUGAAAUGGAAGGGCUGGUCUCCCAAGUACAGCACUUGGGAACCGGAGGAGAAUAUUUUGGACUCGCGCCUGUUUGCCGCUUUUGAGCAGAGGGAGCGUGAAAGGGAACUGUACGGGCCCAAAAAGAGAGGACCAAAACCCAAAACGUUUCUGCUCAAGGCUCAGGCUAAAGUCAAAGCAAAGUCCUAUGAGUUCAGGAAUGAGGCAGUCCGAGGGAUGCACAUCACCUACCCAACCCCAGAGCCGGUCGUCACUCCCAGGGCCAGAGAGGGCCUGAGAGCUGUUGUUCCCACCAUCUUCCCACCCAGCACUGUCAACCGCGGAGAAAGCGUACGUGUCCGACCGUCGGAAAUUUGCGCCCGCGAGCACCAGCAGCCCCCCCUCCAGCAAACCAGUCCAGACGGACUCAUCCAUAUACCCAAAAAAAGAGGCCCGAAGCCUAAGCCCCGCUUCAAGGACAGCAGCUGCGGCCCUGCGGUCUCCGAGCCCCACAAGAGAAGGGCAGAGGAGCAGGCGAACCACAUCCCUCACAAACUGGCUAAGCUGCAGGGGGGUGAGGAGAUGAGGAUGGUCAAAAUGUCCCACAGACACCCAGAGAACCACGGUCACAGUCACAAACACCACCAUCACCACCACCACCAUCACCAUCAUCACCACUCACACAACCGGGGAAUCUCUGGUGGAGGCUCCUACAAGCCGUUCUACUCAGAGCGCAGCCUGCACCCGCACAGAACAGACAUGGACACACACAGGACUAAGGACAGCUCCAACUACCUGGCACCUCCACACUUCAAACACCAGUCCAAAAUGGGCCAGAGUCUGAGUCGCCUGGCCGAUCUUCCACAGAUGGAAAAGCCUUACUUCCUGGACAGGCCGUCCCCGACCAGGCUUGACGUCAACUUGGACGAAGUGACGUGGAGGCCCUCUCUUGGCAACGUGGAAAAGAUCCUGGUGACGGACGUGACUACCAACUUCCUGACCGUCACCAUAAAGGAGAGCAGCACUUCGAAAGGUUUCUUUAAGGACAAAAGAUGAUCACUUGACUGUUUUUUCAGUUUUUUGUUUUUUGCUUUGCUUUCUCUGACUUGCAUCAGGAUCAUUCUGAAGUUUCUAGGACAUAGUGUGAUAAUUAGGCAAAGCAGUUUUUGUAUGUAAUGUAUAAAAGCAAAUGACACAAUGUGCAUAUAUGUGUGUGUGUGUGUGUGUGUGUGUGUCUGUGUGUGUGUGUAUGUAUGUAUAUAUUAUAAAGUCGGACAUCUGUUUAAUGUAUUGACCAAAUCAAAUGAAGUCCAUUUCACACCUUGCAUUGGUUAAACAUGAACUGUGUUGCACGUUUCCUCUGCAGCAGCAGCCGGCAACUUUCUGUACAGAGCUUGUGAAUUUUACUAUUUUGCAACUUUAACUAACUAGAUCGUAUUUUUUCACUCUCAUAUCUUCCAGCCUGAGCUCACGCCAGCAAACUGUGAGAAGUGAGGCUCAGAUAUUAAAGUCAGUCUGCGGAUUGAAUAUUUCUCUAGAAUCUGACCUUAGACUGAAUUAGACUGAAUCCACCCUGUUCAAUUCAACAGGGUUCUUUUUUUUUUUUUAAAUAAAUAAAAAAAUGACUCAAGCACUUUGAAUUCUAAAGUAUUAAAAAAAGAAUCUGUUUGUGUUGUGUUCAAACACUGAGUUUGUAAUGUCUCUAGCAUUUCUAAUUGUAAGAUAAAUUAAUAAAUUCAACACAGACACUCUGUGCAUAUAACUGCAUUUUUCCAUUAACAUAGUAUAUUUUACAUUUUCAUAGGAGACCUUCGUGAAGCUUUAAUGUCAUAAUAUAAUUACAGAGUUGGUGUCAAAUUGCUUUAUAGACGCUUUUCAAUAAACCCUUUGAAUUUUCUCA